AAUGUAUGUGUGUGUGACUGUCGGUAUGGGCAUCGUCACGAGUCGGCGGUUAGAAUUAACCGCCGCCUUGGAGCCACGCCGGGGCCCGUUACUUGGCGCCAGUUGCUGGGCAAGGAUUCUGGAUUGCGCGCGCUGUGUCGUCGCAAGGCUGUGACGAGAAAGGAGGCUGCGGUAAUUCAUUGUAGGUCCUCGGUGACCAAGCUGGUCGAUCAUCGACGCUGUUGCGAGCGCUUCCUGGGUUGUUGGUGACGCGCGCAGCCACCAUGUCGAGCUCGACUUGGGUGGACCACCCCUCGCCCACGCGAUCUUAUCGUACGCACUCGUGUGCCGGCAGCGAGAACGACUGCGGGAAGAAUUUCAUGGAUGCGAUCGGCGGCGGCGGGGAUGGGUACGCCUCGCCGCCGAGCGAGGCCAGAGAUUACUGCGACCAGCCUGGUCGGGGGGAUAUUGAUCGUGGCUUGAGGAGCUACAGGAGUCUUCCUUGUAGCAAUCCGCACAGCCAGCGCAGCAGCGAGAGGGACUUCGCCAGCAAAUAUUAUGCCGCCGGUGUCAGUGACCAUGGUGGUGACAAUCAGGGGAGUACGAGGUUUUCCGGCAAUCAAUCAGGAAGCCUGCACAGCAGCGUCAAGGACUUCGGUAGUUCCCAGGGGAGUGGCGAAAACGGCGGAGACGCGAAGGAAGCAAGUGAGUACGCGUGCGGUGGGCAAUUUGAAGGCGAUCAUGGAUUUCACGAGGCCCACCGCAACGGCGAUUACGGACCCCAGUCGAAGGGGUACGUGCGCCCUGGUAUGUCGUGGUGGGAUCGGCGGAGCUUCCACAGCGGGGAGACUUGUGCUGACCCACUGGACUGGGAUCACCACCCUCUGUUGCGACAAGUACCGCAGGAUGAACGUCAAAACUUCAGGCAAACCAAGCUGGAGGAAUGGCUCUCAACAGCCCACAAGCGCAAGUCGAAGGAGCGAUUCGGCGCCUACAUAUGGCGAGCGUCGGCGCUGGCGAACUCGGAACUGAAGCACCGGAAGAAGCAGUGCUGGGGAGACGAAUAUGAGGACCCACUGGACAAGUUUGUGAUGCGCCUCUUCUACGGCAUGACGCUCAAGCUGGAGCGGACCGAGUCGGUGGUCCUGUGCGUGGACGAGGAGACUCACAUCCUUCAAAUCCUGCGAGAAGAGUGCGACGAGCUCAGCAACAGCGGCCAGCUCCCCGUGGAUCAGCGCAGCAUCCAGUUCACGCCUCUCAUCAUGUCCGAAAUGCAAGAUCGUUGCCAUUCCUGAUCCCCCACCUCGCACCCUAUCACACAAUCCACCCCGCAUCGAUAUGUGUCUCCGGAGUCCCUCUUCAGACCCCGACUGCCAGCCACGUUCUGCAGCUCUGUGACUUAUGAGCAGCAUUUUCAUCGUUUAUUUUCUCAUUUCAACCUUAAUCUACACAGAAUCUUCACUCUUGUUCUGCUGCUCUGGGACUGAUGAGCAGCACUUUUAUAGUUUACAAUCACGAUUUUCGAUAAUCUGCACAGAAAUUUCAUAUUUGAGGGUGAAGGCAUGGACUGAGAUUUAGUCUGAGCGUGGUUUAGUUGGUCAGCUUCUGAGAUAGUAAUUGUAACAAACGAUCAUUUUCACUGCAUUUUAUGUGCAUGUUCAAACUUGUGUGUGUGUCGAUGGUGUAUUUUUGAAGCUCCAGAACUGUUUUGGUAUUAGAUCA